GCCAACCAACAACUCCACCUCAAUCCGGCACAACUUGCUCUGACCAGGCCCUCCGACGUGCUCCCUGCCCUCGAAGGCCCCUUUCCAGACCCUGCACACCGACCUCCGCACCCACCGACAGAUACAAGUUGCUCAUCCUGCCUGCCUCAACCUCCCCGCUGAAAGGGGCCUCGCUCCUCGCUUCAUUCUUCCUGUUCCAUCUCGUCCUUCCCCGCCAGCGCAUCAUUACCCACUUCACCAUGGAGGAAAGAACAGAGAGCGCCAUGCGCGCAUCCCAGCUGCGCCCACCAGCCGCGAGCAGGCUGCCCGCGCUCAACAUGCGACCGCCGACCCUCAACGAGAUGUCCGAAUCGCAGCACAACGUCAGAGCUCAACCGCCCUCGAUGCUCCCCCAGGCCGGCACCAAGAGGCCUCAGUCCAACAGCGGUAUGCCGUCAAGCGAGCCGAGACAUUGCUGGUCGUCGCUGACCAGAUCAACAGUGUCGCAAUCGCUACCGGACGCCAAAGCACGAAAGACUCUUGCCGAGAGGGCCGGCGAAUACCAAGGCAAGACCACUGCCGCCGCUACUCCAGCCCCAAGGACCGUCAACAAAGGUGUCUCGCUCGCCGCGCAAACAGGGAUGAAGCCUCCCUCGACCUCCAUGCCUCUCACGCGCCACCAGUCAUCCAAAUCCCUGUCUUCCAAACUCCCUGCCAGCGGCUUCGCUCAGAGCGUCGGCCCAAACGUCGGCCGUUCCAAUUCCAUGAUGAACCGCUCCAAGACUUCCAUGUCGUUUCAUCGCUCAACAGACACCACGCAGGGUCCCUAUGGGAGCCGCACCCGACCAAAGACAGCCAUGAACACGCACCCGGUGGCGGAGGAUGAUGCGCCGAACGGAAAGCAGAGCUUUCAAUACAUGGGGCCUCGAGCCUCAGCGCCAGGACGAGAUUUCUCCAUCACCACCAUGAUGGGCAAACUGAGUCUCGAUGACGAGCGUCCCAACGGUAUUCUUCUCACCCGGGAUCAAGCGAUUUCGACCAAAGAGAACUGUCCCCCCAGUCCGAGUCCCUUGCGUCAACCAGAACUUCCACUGGAAAACGUCACCCUCAGGCCGGCUCAGUCGCGCAGAGAAGACGACGCAACGGCGCCGGUAGUCUGUUCGGAGGAAUCUAGGGCCAGCAUAAUGGCGCCGCCCAAGACUCCUCCCAAUUCCGCGCAAUACGCUAUGGAUGCGAUGGACAAGUUCGGGGAGACCCUAUUCGCUUCUACUAGGAAGUGUCCAGAGUCGCCCUCCAAAACUCCUUCCAAGCCGUCAUUUCUGACUAAGGAUUCUAAUCUGACCGCAUUCACAGCCUGGGACAUGGACGGCCGUCUCGUUGAGAUGGAGGCCCAAUUCAAAGCCAUGAAAGAAGUUAUGAACGUCUCUCUGACCGACAAGAAGGGCAUGGAAAAUAUCAUCGAAAUGGCAAAAACGAGAGCGAGCGAGCUCGAGCGCGAACGAGACCGAUUAGACGAGAAGAACACGGGGCUACAGAGCGAGCUGGACAGCAUGAGACAGCAGGUCCAAUCACUAACGCUAGACUUGGAACAAGAGCGGAGGUCAAAGAAGUUUGAGCUCGACAUGAAGGAUCGAGAUCAUCUCAGUGAACUAGAGCAAUUUCAAAGGACAGUGGAGGACCAGACCAACCGACUCGCCAGGCAACAACAGGACGAGCUGGACGCGUUGAAAAGGCGCUACCGCGCCGAGCUGGAGGACGAGAAACUGCAGGCUUCCCGCGAGGUUGAGGAGCUGAGAUCGAAACUCGGCUCUGAGCAAGAUGGCCUCACCCAAGCCCUCCACGACAAGGACCGUGAGAUCCAGAAUGCUCGCGCGGAGAUGGAGAUCCUGAAGGGUGACCUCGAGCGGGAGCAGACCCAGAAGGCCCACUUGAGAAAGCAGAUGGACGAUUUGCUCAGCACCAACACGACUCUUGAGGGCACCGUGCGCACGCUGCAGGCCCAGGUACAUUUCCUGGAGUCUGACAGCAAGCAGCAAUCGGACUCGUUUGCUGAAAUGGAGGCAAGGAUGCAAGACGCUUUGGUUGCGGCGGAAGAGGCGCGGCAAAAGCUCAUCAAGGAGGAGACAGAACGGCGAGCCUUGUUCAACAAGUACCAGGAGUUGAAAGGCAACAUCCGUGUUAUGUGCAGGGUCAGGCCACUUCUUGACGAGUCAGAAGGCACCGCAGCCGAGCUUGACUUCCCGGACGAUAAGACGUCGGCGCAAAUCUACGUCAAGGGACCAGAGGAGAAGAAUGCCCUCGGCAAGACCAGCAGCAAGACGUAUCCCUUCGAGUUCGAUCGUGUCUUCACCCCUCAGAUACACAACGAGGAGAUCUUUGGCGAGAUCUCGCAGUUGGUGCAGAGUGCGCUCGACGGCUACAACGUGUGCAUCUUCUGUUAUGGUCAAACAGGGUCCGGCAAGACUUUCACCAUGUCUUCGGCGGACGGCAUGAUCCCAAGAGCCACAAAGAUGAUCUACGACACGGUCAACAAGCUGAGAGAGAAGUCGUGGACGUACACCAUGGAGGGCAACUUUGUCGAGGUGUACAACGAGGAGCUGAACGACCUGCUGACCCCGGCCGGGGGGCCCGAGGGCAAGAGGAAGCCCGAGAUCCGGCACGACGAGGCGCGCAAGACCACGACGGUGCUCAACUGCAAGAGCGUGACGCUCGACUCGGAGGACACGGUGGAGCAGAUGCUGAAGCACGCGCAGAACAACCGCUCGGUGGCGGCGACCAAGGCCAACGAGCGGUCGUCGCGGUCGCACUCGGUCUUCAUCCUGCGGCUGACGGGCGAGAACUCCGCGACGCACGAGCGGUGCGAGGGCACGCUCAACCUGGUGGACCUGGCCGGGUCGGAGCGGCUCAAGCACUCGGGCGCCGAGGGCGACCGCAUGCGCGAGACGCAGAACAUCAACAAGAGCCUGACGUGCCUGGGCGACGUGAUCGAGGCGCUGGGCAAGGGCAGCGCGCACGUGCCCUACCGCAACUCGCAGCUCACGUACCUGCUCAAGAACUCGCUGGGCGGCAACUCCAAGACCCUCAUGUUCGUCAUGGUGUCGCCGCUCGAGGCGCACCUCAAGGAGACGCUGACCAGCUUGAGGUUUGCGACCAAGGUGCACAACACCCACAUCGGCACGGCCAAGGCCACCAAGAAGACCAAGGAGCGCAUCGGCGACUUGUGAUGACAAAUUAUUAAUGAUGAUGAAAGAUAUAUCGAAAGAGGGUUCGAUUUGUGCUGUUGAUGGACCGUCGCUGUACAUGGGCUUCCGCCACCCUAGAGAAUGGGUGUGUGUGCGGACAAUGAAAGAGAGAGUAUUUAUUGUUGCGGCAGAUGGAUGGAUGGAUGCAUGUGUUCUGUACAAACCGCUGGAGGAGUAGAAGGCGUCGACUGAUGAUGAUACCACAAACCCCCUCCCCAUUUUCCAAAGUUUCUCCUUCCAUUUUCCUGGUAUCUGGUGGAGGAUUGAGUUUUUUUUUCUUUUCCCUCGCUGCCUGCCAGCGAUGAUGACUCGUUUUCUCCGCACCUCACGACCUUCCUGCACCAGCCAGACAGCCAGCCAGACGCGUUUAUACUUACUUUGGUGGUGGACUUGAUGAUGAUUGAUUGUUUUUGUGUGGUUUUUGUUUAUCUGAACCGUUGGAGUUCUGGAUAGGAAGUUUUUCAAUGUUAUGGAUAUGCACAUACAUACAUACAUUACCCACAUCCCAUCGCUGUUGUUGGCCGGGGGUGAUUUCGUGACCUUGAGGAGGUGACUCUCGAUAAUUGCGCACUUGGUUUCAGUGUUGGGCUGGCAGCGAAACUAGAC